GGAGGCGGGGCCGCCGGCCCGGGCGCUGCGUGCCGCGGUGCCUGUGCGGGCCCUCGGGGCUGCGCGAGCAGGUCUAGGACGCUGAUCGGUGCGUCUCCGCCGCACCCGGGGGCCGUGACGGACAGGGAACAACUUACUGGUGAAACCUGGAGACGCUGGAGAACUAAAUUCACAGACUGAGAGUAACUGACUUAAAUUACAGUUUUAAAGAGAUGCCUACAUAGAAGAGUGACAGCAGCUGGGCUGAAUGUUUCACUGCUGAACUGGUUCCUCAGGUAUCCUGGCUCUGGCGAUUGCUAUGGGAGAUUGGAUGACUGUUACAGAUCCAGGUCUGUCUUCAGAAAGCAAAUAUAUCUCUCAAUAUACCUCAGAAACAAAGAUGUCUCCAUCAAGUUUAUACUCACAGCAAGUGCUAUGCUCUUCAAUACCUUUAUCAAAAAAUGUGCACAGUUUUUUUAGUGCCUUCUGCACAGAAGAGAAUAUUGAACAAAGUAUUUCAUAUCUUGAUCAGGAAUUGACUACUUUCGGUUUUCCUUCAUUAUAUGAAGAAUCCAAAGGUAAAGAGACAAAGAGAGAAUUAAAUAUAGUUGCUGUUUUAAAUUGUAUGAAUGAGCUACUUGUACUUCAGCGGAAGAACCUUCUAGCUCAGGAAAAUGUGGAAACACAGAAUCUGAAACUGGGAAGCGAUAUGGACCAUCUGCAGAACUGCUAUGCAAAACUUAAGGAGCAGCUGGAAACCUCCAGGAGAGAAAUGAUUGGUCUUCAGGAAAGAGACAGACAGUUACAAUGCAAGAACAGGAAUUUGCAUCAGCUACUGAAAAAUGAGAAAGAUGAGGUGCAGAAAUUACAAAACAUUAUUGCAAGUCGAGCUACUCAAUAUAAUCAUGAUAUGAAGAGAAAAGAGCGUGAAUAUAAUAAACUAAAGGAACGUCUACAUCAACUUGUUAUGAACAAGAAGGAUAAAAAAAUAGCUAUGGAAGUUUUAAAUUACGUGGGGAGAGCUGAUGGAAAAAGAGGCUCCUGGAGGACGGGUAAAACUGAAGCCAGUUUCUUUCUCAGGAACGAAGAUGAAAUGUAUAAAAUUCUCUUGAAUGAUUAUGAAUAUCGUCAGAAACAAAUCCUAAUGGAAAAUGCUGAACUUAAGAAGGUUCUUCAGCAAAUGAAAAAGGAAAUGAUUUCUCUUCUUUCUCCCCAAAAGCAGAAACCUAGAGAAAGAGCAGAUGAUAGUACAGGAACUGUUAUCUCUGAUAUUGAAGAAGAUGCUGGGGAACUGAGUAGAGAGAGUACGUGGGACCUUUCCUGUGAAACUGUGAGAGAGCAGCUUACCAACAGCAUCAGAAAACAGUGGAGAAUUUUGAAAAGUCAUGUAGAAAAACUUGAUAACCAAGUUUCAAAGGUACACCUAGAAGGUUUUAAUGAUGAAGAUGUAAUCUCACGUCAAGACCAUGAACAAGAAACUGAAAAACUUGAGUUAGAAAUUCAACAGUGUAAAGAAAUGAUUAAAACUCAGCAGCAACUUUUACAGCAGCAGCUCGCUACUGCGUGUGAUGAUGACACCACUUCACUGCUCCGAGACUGUUACUUGUUGGAAGAAAAGGAACGCCUCAAAGAAGAAUGGUCCCUAUUUAAGGAGCAAAAGAAGAAUUUCGAGAAAGAAAGACGAAGCUUUACAGAAGCAGCUAUUCGCCUAGGAUUGGAGAGAAAGGCAUUUGAAGAAGAAAGAGCCAGUUGGUUAAAGCAACAGUUUCUAAAUAUGACUACCUUUGACCACCAGAACUCAGAAAAUGUGAAACUUUUCAGUGCCUUCUCAGGAAGUUCUGAUCGGGACAACCCUACAGUACACUCGAGGCCACGGCAAAAGAAGCCUCACGGUGCGCCUAGUGGGUCUCCAGUUUGCACGUCUAAACUUACUAAAUCUCUUCCUGCUUCUCCUUCGACUUCAGACUUUUGCCAGACGCGUUCCUGUGUAUCUGAAUAUAGCAGUUCUAUCAGUGUACUAAAUACAACCCCUGAAGAAUCUAAGCCAAAUCAGGUUGGAAGAGAAUGUACAAAUCAGAAGUGGAGCGUGGCAUCAAGGACUGAUUCACAGGAAGCUUGCUGUAGUGGAUGCUCCUCGACCCACGCAGACGCUCACAUAGAGAAGGAUGACUUACCUUAGACAUGUGAACUGGGAUUUUGUUUUUUUUCAUUAACAUGUUCAUCAAAUUUCACAUCUGAGUUGAAACAGGGUGUGUUAUAAAGUCAAUCAUCUCUAAUAAUUUAAAAUGGUCUGUGUUGUUUGUUUGGGCUUCCCUGUUCCUCCCCCAAAGAGCUAAAAUGUUAAAUCUAUUUAAAAGGAUAUAAAAGCUUUGGAUAUGUAUUUUUAGUAACAGAAGCACCUGGUUCUGUGAAUAAAGGAAUGUAUGAACGUUUGGAUGCAAACAAAGCACUAGAAUGAGUUUCCUCUUAUAGGUAUUAAAAAUAGCACUUUUAGGAAACUGAUUAUUGUAAAUGUUUAAUUUUGUCUCAUAUAUAGUUGGCAUUGGAAGUUUAGCCUUUCCUUGAAUGUAUACUGUAGCUUUUUAACAAAGCAAGUUAUAUAUUUAUUAUGUUUAGUGUGAUUUGAAAUACCCUCUUUCAUAUGUUUUAAAUAAAGUGAAAUUUAUGUAUGUUUUGUACAUAGAUAUACAUGAUUAUGUUAAGAGGCUUUAAGAUUUAAAGAUUUUACACAUCCAUAAUUAUAGUAUUUCAUGCCAAUAAAAUUUUUAUUAGUGAUAUUCUGUUUACAGAUGUAUUAGAGCCAUUGCCACCUUAUGUUUAAGAAUUUUUUGAACCCAUCUGAGCAAUAAAUACUGAAAAGGUAUUCCAUGAAGCCAAGUUCUUUAGAUCAUUAACAUUACUAAUGUUACAUUUUGGAGAUUUCUGUAGCAUUAGGUUCUUUUAAUAUGCAGGAUACUACAAUUUUUCAAAGGAUUAUUGAUUUUAGCAUAAUAGAGGUAAGACAAGAGUACCUUUGGAUGAAACAAUUUAAGAAUAUUGGCUUAGGAUAUUUGGAUGAUAGAAGAUAUUAAGAUAUUUAAGAUGUUUGGAUGGUGAUAUUUUCUCUACCAGAUGGGUACCCAUACCGUAACACCUGUACCAGCAAAGGCUUUGUAUAGUUGCCAGUAAUUCUUUAAUAAUUUUUCAAUGAGAUAUUUACUGAUAAGGAAAUCUGAUAACAUAAAAGCGUCAGAUUUUAUAGUCCAGAUAUGAUACUCUGGACAAACUUGUCAUUUCACUUUCAGGACUGAUUGCAUGAUUCUUCAUGGUUGUUAUUGUUAUUAUUAUUGGUAGUAAGAAUAAUGUAAGUGUGGGCCCAAGCACUUUCCUAGAAUUUUCAUCAGAAAGCUUUAAGUACCUAACUCUAUUUGUCUCUGCAUGUAGAAGCCUACACAGAUCCAGUCCUUGCUGUAGGUGUUGUAGUUUAGGCCCAUCUGCCUUCCCAUUUUCUAGCAGUUUAACCAUUUGUAUUCACUCACCUGGUUGUGGCUGUUCAGUUUAAAUUUGUCAUGUUAAAAAAGUACUUUUGUCGGGCUUCCCUGGUGGCGCAGUGGUUGAGAGUCUGCCUGCCGAUGCAGGGGACACGGGUUCGUGCCCCGGUCUGGGAAGAUCCCACAUGCCGCGGCACGGCUGGGCCCGUGAGCCAUGGCCGCUGAGCCUGCGCAUCCGGAGCCUGUGCUCUGCAGCGGGAGAGGCCACAACAGUGAGAGGCCCAUGUACUGGGGGGAAAAAAAAAAAAAGUACUUUUGUCAUCCACUCACUCACUAUAUAUAUAACUCUUUGGAAUUGCGUAGCAGCAGCCAUUUUUUCAGGGUUAAUAGCAUAUUAUUGAGUAUCUUGUAAGACAUUAGUGAAAGUGCUCAUGAGAAAGUACCACAUUUAUAGUCUCAAAAAGCUGGCUCUUGAGCAAAAGCAAAUUAGUCACCACAUUCAGCUUGGUGCAUGCCCCUUUUUUACCAUUUAAAAAUAUUAGAUAUGAUGCAGAAUUUCAGAAGUAGUACCAUACUCCAAAGGAAGAAACAGCUGCGAUAUCGUUCUUUUGCUAUUGAGCAAUAACGUGAUCAAAGAAAAGCAAUCAAAUUUUCUAAGUAGGCAGUGAUACAUUUGUCAAGAAUUGGGGUUUUCUUUUCAGGGCUUUCCAUGAUAUACUUGGCUAGAAACAGUGUUCUAAUUUUUAGAGUAAUCUCUUUUAGGAAUAUUGCAUUCCACAAUGAUGAAUUUCUACAAAGCAGCAUCAGUUUUUUGGUUUUUUCAUUUUUAAGUUGGUUGAAUUCUCAUAUUGGAGAGAGAAAUUCCCUUGAGACUUACUUUGAAAUCUAAGGUGUGAAAGAAACAGUAAAAUGAAAGCCAGGAUCAUUGUGCUUUUGAUAAAAGAUCUGCCAGUAGUUGUAUGUUUUACUUAACAGCGUAGUUUGCUUUACAUUCCGGCUCCAAUGAUGAUUCCUAGUCACGCUAAACUUCCUAGAAUGUUGAAACGGUUUCCAUGCUGGAUAACUCCUGACUCCACACAUAAAACUCCUGGAUUUUAUUUGCCUUCCCUCUCUAGGUGUUUGCAGUUUACUAGUAAUACAGCCGUGCUGCAGUCUUGCAUUUAGCCAAGAUGAGGUGAGAGAGAACCAUGUUCACUUUUGCUUGAAAGUCUUCCUGACCGUUUUCAGUGUCGUCUUCUUUAUCAGGAUGCAGAUCUGAAACAUUCUGUGCCUUAUUUGUUUUUAUCCAUUUUGAAUUUUCAAAGCAUAAAAGUGGCAAAGAAAAUUUAAGAGAUUUUAUUUCCUACUCUUAAAUUUUUAUAUCUUCAAUUUAUGAUGAGAAACUUAAUAGAAGGACAGUCCUACCAGAAAAUUAAGAUUAAACUUAAUAAAUAGGUACUUUCUUGUAGAAGCAAUGUAUUAAAUGUGUAGAUUCACAGAGCAGUCCAUGGCAAAUUGUUUUCCUCAUGGUAUAAUUAAAAUACUGUCGUUACUUAGAAUUGCAUUUUUCGUACCUUUGCUGACCAGACUUGUUCAUAGGCCUGUGGUAACACUUUUUUGGGGGAAACAUAUUCCAUAGUACAUGGUGAGAAGGAGAGCGCCCUAGAAUCCAGUUUUGACCUGCCCUGGUGGAGCAUUUGAAAACGCCCGGAAUGCCAGGAGAGGUUUUGCAGUGUGUACGCGCGGAACGCUGUGAGCUAGCAAACCCCUUAUGUGAUUGCCCUGUUGUAAAAGUCUUGAACACCUGUUGCCUGAUGUAAAUCAUGUUCUUAUUUCUAGAUUGGAUUUAAACUAAGUAUGGGUCUUGGAAGUCUAGUAAAUAUACUUCUCCCUAUGUUUGUCCUUAAUUUUUUUCAUUCUUUUCAUAAGCAUAUAAAAGUAGCUGCUGUGUGUCAGGGCUUAUUACUACCUUCUAGUUACUGCGGAGGGAAAGACAACUAAGCAUGCUCCCUGCCACUGAGAAUCUCUGGGUUGAGUGGAAGACCAGCUAUAUAAACCUAAAUUGUCAUAAACAAUGGGAGAUGCUGUUCAGACAUUCGGUCUGGUGAUAAAACUUGGACUCGUCGUUCUGCUCCAGGAUCACGUAUCCGUCUCCUAACAGUGAGAGCUUCUAGUUAAAGAGUCUUUGCAUUAUUUCCUAUGGGAAGAACUAUGUAAUUAAUAUAUUACUGUUUUGUUUUUGUUGGGUGUUGGGUUUUGUUUUUGUUUUCUACAAUCAAAAUAACCUGCAAAGCAGCAUUAAGAAUUUCUGCCCACAAGAACAUGUAUUAUUAUCUAAUAGAAAAAGAAUUUACAAAGAUUUGGGCCAUGUAGAUAAGGAUAAUAAGAUAGGUUAUUCUAGUCAUUUCUCUAAAUAUGUUUUUAUCAGGUUGGAUGUAGAUUAAAGUGGAAUGGACUGAUUAAAUUAUUUGAUUUAUAUAAAAAUA